AUGGUUGUAGCAAGACUGAUAGGUGGCCUUUUCGCUGCUGGUGCGGCCAUCGCAGUGGCAGACUCGACCCCACAAGCAGAGUGUACGUCCAGCAGUUUUAACCUCGACGAUGUCAUUCCCCGCAUCAAAAUCCUAUCAAUCGAAGCAAAGCAGCAGCUAGAUUAUACCAGCCGUGGAGCUGGUCCCCAACCCGCUCUGAAGGGUCUCAACUUCUGUCAGGUCCAGAUCUUUCUGACCCACCAGACGGCAGCUGAUAUUUCCUUGGGUCUUAAUGACACGAAUGAUAAAGUUCUAAUCGAGGUUUGGCUGCCUCUGACUUCGGAAGACUGGAAUGGACGUUUCCAAGCAACAGGUGGUGCUGGCUUCACAACUGGAAUGUUCGAUGCACACCUGGGCGUCGCUGUACAAAACGGCUGGGCAGCAGCCUCUACAGAUGGUGGGCAUAGUGCAGAAGACACGGCAGUCGGGGACGCAUCAUGGGCUUUGAACGAAGACAGAACCGUCAAAUGGCACCUGCUCCACAACUUCGCCUCGCGCUCGAUUGCCGACCAGAUUCCUAUCGGCAAACGCAUCACUGAGCAGUUCUAUGGAGUAAAGCCGCACCAUUCUUACUGGAAUGGCUGCUCCACAGGAGGACGCCAGGGCUACGCCAUUGCCCAGAGAUUCCCGCAUCUAGUAGAUGGAAUUUUUGCCAAUGCGCCUGCCAUUGAAUUUAGCCAUCUAGUACUUUCCUUAUUCUGGCCUCAAUUGCGAAUGGAGGAUACCAAAACCUAUCUAUCCAACUGCGAGCUGGAAUACUACCAAGCGAGAGUUGUCGAGGCCUGCGAUAGCAUAGACGGCGUGCUAGAUGGCAUUAUCGAAGACCCAGAACAGUGCGAGCUUGAUCCGUAUAGUCUUGUGGGUGACAAUCGUACCUUCCAAUGCGAUGGCAAAGAAUUGGUAUUCUCCAAGGAGAUGGCUCGCAUCAUUGCCGAUAUCCAUCAAGGCCCAGGAUCAACACCAGGAAAACCCCUCUUCCCAGGCCUUGCGCGUGGUGUACCUAUGAUUUCACUCGCGAAGAUCUCAAUCUCGGAAGAUGGGGUUCGCUCGCAGCGCCCUUUCCCAAUAUCUGCGAGUUGGCUGAAAUACCUUGUACUCAAAGACCCCACCUACGAUCUGAGUCAACUGACAGAUGUCAACAAAUACUAUGAGCUUUAUGGUCUGGCAAAUUACGAAUUUGGCGGUUUACUCGACACAAACAAUCCGGACCUCUCCGCACUGGAAGCCUCAGGAACUAAGAUGAUCACAUGGCAUGGUCUCUAUGAUCAACUGAUCCCUUAUCAGAACACUGUCGCUUACCGCAAGAAAGUUGAACGGUUGAUGGGAGGAGCGCACAGAGUGGACGAGUACUUCCGUUUGUUUCUUGCACCAGGUCUAGGACACUGCGGUGGUGGUGUCGGUGCUCAACUCAAAGAUCCGCUUGGCGCACUGGUAGACUGGGUCGAACACAACAUGCCACCGGAAACUCUUGAUGCAGAAAGAAUUGAUUCCGAGGGGGAACUGGUGACUAAGGACAUAUGUGCCUGGCCGUCUAAGUCGAAGUACAUGGGCGUAGGAAGUUGGAGAAGAGCGUCAAGUUGGAGUUGUGUGGGAGGCACCGAACGGCCAUCCCCAGCCGAGGAAAGGAUUGGCUCGGGGCAUGCACAGAAAGUCAUGGAAGAUAUUGUGGGGCGAUUGAAAGGGCUCGGAAUGGGACUCAGUAUCGGUUGA